AUGGGAUUGCUUGAAACGAGGCUGGAGUGCAUCGCCAGAGAUGCUGAGCUGGUGGACAAGUCCGUGGCCAACUUGAAGCGCUUGGGAGAACUCCUUCACAGCAGCUGCGUUUCGGCCCAUCAGGAGUUCAAGGAACAGCUGAAGGACAACCCGACGGAAAGCAAAGGACCGAAAAAGAGGAAAGGCCCCACCAUUAAGAUUUCUGGUGUCCAGGUGAAUGUGAAAGCCAUUAUGCAACAUGAAGAGGAGUUUGCAGUGCUGAACCAGACUAUUCCAACUGACCCGGAGGAGAGGGCCAGGUUCUGCUUGACCUUCCGUACCAAAGCGGCCCAUUUUGAUGUGGAUUGGGGAGUGGAAGACGACUCCCAUUUGCUGCUGGGAAUUUACGAACACGGCUACGGGAACUGGGAGCUCAUCAAAUCAGACCCGGAGCUGAAAUUGACCAACAAGAUCCUGCCCAUCGAGACGGACAAAAAACCUCAGGGGAAGCAGCUCCAGACACGAGUGGACUACUUGCUGAAACUACUCAAGAGAGACAUGGGAAAAAUGGGCAGCGUGAAAGAGGUGGAAGAGACCAAGGUGAGGAAGGGGAAGCCCUGGGUAAAGAAAGAAAACAAGACUGUCAAAGGCAGGGACGAGCACGGGAAUGAACCUUCCUCUCCUCGACACUUGGAUAACCAGUCAGAAGAGGGGAAGUUCAAGGUAAACGGAUGUUUUUGCAAAGAGAGGAUGCGGCCAGUCAAGAAGACUCUGAAACAGCUGGGCAAGCCGGAGAAGGAGCUGUUGGUGCAAGAACAGCUGGAGCACACGCGCAGCGGCCUCCUGAAAAUCGGAGAUCACAUCUUGGAGUGCUUGAAAGAUUAUUCUGACCAGGAUGACAUCAAGCUGUGGAGAACGAACCUGUGGAUAUUUGUGUCCAAGUUCACGGAAUUUGGCGCACGGAAGUUACACGAGCUGUACAAGAUGGCCCAGAAGAAGCGGGCCCUGGAUGAGGAGCAAGAACUGCCGAAAAAGGAGGCCGCGGCAGCAGCCAAUGAGCUGUUCUAUCCGGACCCUCCCGGACCAAGCCGAGAUUCCAUCAUGCCCCAGCUCCCGCAUGGCCCUUGUUCCCAGAAGCAACCCCAGCCUCCGCCGCACCCUUCCCAGAUGCACGGACAACAGCGGGAUAACUACAACCACCCAAACAAAAGGCACUUCAGUAACGUCGAGCGAGGAGACUGGCAGCGGGAGCGGAAAUUCAACUACGGCGGCAACGCCAACCAGAUGUGGGGCGGAGAACGGCACCACCAGUACGAACCCUGGUAUAAGGACCAACGCUACGGAGAACGCCGUCCGCGUGGCGAGCCUCAACGCAGCUCGGGGAACAACCGGCUGAAUAACCCAUCUCGCAAGCGGCCAUAUGAGCAGUACAACAGUGACCGUGACCACCGAGGACACAGGGACUAUUACGACAGGCAUCACCAUGACUCCAAGCGGCGAAGAUCAGACGAGUUCCGGUCCCAGAAUUACCACCAGCAGGAGUUCAGGAGGAUGUCCGACCACCGGCCUCCCAUGAUCGGGUCCAGUGAGCUCCCCUCCCUCCCAAGGAAGCGGAGCCAUCCAGCCAGCCAGCUAGACAGUCAGCAGAGCGUCCGCCUUGCGAGGCCCCUCUCCUUCAUGAGAAGGGGGGGCCAGGCUGGCAGGCAAGCAGGCCAGGAGGGCUCCCUUCGCUGCGUCCAGCCGCUGCUCCACACAGCAGCUGCGCCUCCUUCCUCCUUUCAUUCCUCCCCCGGCAGCAGGCGCACAAGCCCCCUCGCCAUCCUGCCAGCUCUGCCUCCACCUCCUCCUCUGCGCCGCCGCCCGCUGCCCACAGAGCCCAGAUCUCUCGGCAAGGCGGCUGGGCAGCGCAGCGCCGCCGCAGAGCUGCCACCAGCCAUAAGCGACAAAAGCACCAAGUCAGUGCUAGAGAGCGAGUCUGGCAGGAAGAUGAAAAAGACCCGCAAGUAUGACGUCAUCACGACCCCGGCGGAGCGGGUGGAAAUGGCCCCCUUAAAUGAAGAUGAGGAUGACGAGGAAGAUUCCACAGUGUUUGAUAUAAAAUAUAGUACCAUUUCCACUAAAGAAAUCAGUAAAUGGACACUUGCAGGCCAGGAUCCAAAUGGAUUUUGUUUUCUCUAUUACAUUUAUAUGCCCCCUUACUUCCACAAUGGGAUGGAAGACCAUGGUAAUAGCGAGUCUGAGAGUGAGAGCCCCAAAAGAAGAAGCCAAAAGCAAAUGAAAAAAAUAGAGAAAUGGAAGAGGGAGUGUUCUGGGGAUGAUGAUGAUGACGAAGAAGAAGAUGACGACGAAGAUGGUCAAGAUCAAGGCACCAGCGCGGAAAGUGAGCCGGAGCAGAAGAAAGUGAAAGCCAGGAGGCCUGUCCUGAGGAGAGCAGUGGCCAAAACCAUUGCGAAGAAGGUGCUCAAUGUCCAGCAUGGGAAGAGGAGGAGGAAAACUGAGUCAUCCGAGGACGAGGAUGACGACGAGGAUGACGAGGCACCCAAAAAACAGACCCGGCACCCAGUGGCUAAAAACUUCAGUUACAAGGAAGAUGACGACUUUGAGACGGACUCGGAUGACCUGAUCGAGAUGACGGGAGAAGGGGCUGAGGAGCAGCAGGAUAACAGCGAGACCAUCGAGAAAGUGCUGGACAGGAGGGUGGGCAAAAAAGGAGGUUAA